AAACUUAUUAAAUAGAAAUGUAGUUCAAUGAGCGGUCAUCAAUCUGAUAAGGACAAUUUUGGGGAGCCGAACAAUAAUGUGGCAGACUAUUUCAUGGAAAUUGGGCUUCCGGAAUCGUUCACGGAGAGCGAGGAAACAGAAAGCAGUCGUCAGAUUCCUGUCAAAUAUCCAAUCAUUGCUAUAGCGUUAAUUUUCCCAACCCAAGGAGAGACUGUUCCUGAAGGAUGGGAGUGUAUAAGAGUAUCGCCGAGUGGGUUCCCAGCUGACUUGAAUACUAGCGCGCUUCGUGGUCAAUCGGUUUUCCUGUGCUAUAAGCGAGCCACCAGUUUGAACUUCACAGAACAACCUUUAACUGAUAUUGGUGUUUUGUACGAAGGCAGGGAAGAACUGCGGAAGGAUUGUGAGCAAAUCUACCAGUCUUACUAUGGAAGACCAGGCUACGUGAACGUCAAAUCGGCCGUGGGAGGCCAGAGGACCUACAUAACUUGCCGACGAUGGAAAUCGACAGACGAGAUGCCAAUGUUGGCAAUCACAGACAUCGCAGUUAUCUUUCCUAAGAAGGGUGAUGCUGUUCCGCACUCGUUCUACGUUGUGAGCAAGAAUAUAAAUAAGGGGUCUCUGACCGCGGCUGAAGUGUACCUUUGCUACAAGAAAUCAGUGAUCCAACCUCCAAGUUUGGUCUACGCGCCGACAGUAAUUAGCAGGUUCCCGUUGAUAGAUGCGAGGAAUUUUGAGUUGUCGCCAAUAGAACGCGACUGUGCUAACAUUGCUAUGCCAAACGGAGCAAGUAUUCAGUAUUGGGAACCUUUCGGAACCAGGAAUGUUGCAGUACCUAGUUUCUCAACAUUUUUACUGACAAAUCAGUUAGGAGUAACGAUGUACGGUGCGGCUCUAACGUUUUACGAAGAAUUCAAAAAUGUAUCGAAACUGACAUAUGAGCAACUAACAGCUCUGAAAGAUUUGGGAUCUCCCAGUAAACUGGACAAUGAUGAUCAGACGAAAAACAGUCUCCGAAAUCGAAACUUAGAUGAUAUUAACGUGAGAAUGAUGCUGCUUCAGUGUGAAAAGUGCAUUUGUUUGCUAUCGAGGAAGCCCUUCUUCCAAGCAAUCAAGGAGUUUCUGAUGUUUAUAUACGGGUUCUGUUCCACUCCUGGAGACCGAGGUCCGGUACCGGUAGAAAGACUGAUUUCGUUCUUCAUGUAUGAUGUGCCCAGUCCUAGUCUGGACAAACCAUUGAUAAUUGCCGACUUUGGACACCGAAAGAUUGAACUGACGUGGCCAUCCCCGUGUUCUUCUCUACCUCAGAAGGGCUGCUCAUUCAUAACGCUGCUUCGUAACAUCGGCUGGGAGAAUGCGAUUGAACUAUUCACUCUUGUUCUGCUGGAGGCAAGAAUUGUGUUCCACUGUCUGCGUCCCUCAAUUCUCACAACUGUCAUGGAGACACUUUGUGCUGCCAUGUUUCCCCUCAAGUGGACUGGCACUUACAUUCCGAGAUGUGCGCGUGAAAUGGUCAUGUCGGCAGAGUGUCCCGGAUGUGCCCUCAUAGGUAUUGACAAUCAAACUUAUGAUGCCCUGGAUCAAUACGACUUGUUGUCUCCCGAAGGAAGAAAACAGAUUUGCUUCGUGGAUUUGAACACAGUGCAGAUUCAAAGAUCUGAAGAAAGGAAGAAUCAGAAAGCUGAAAAACUUCUUCCAAAGAAAGCAUUUAAAAAUCUCAAGAAGGCUUUGAGCGAUUGUCACCGUGAAAUUGACGCUAACCCAGACAUCUAUGGCAACCGAGGCUGCGAGUUCAGUGUCCAAGGGGAAAGUACAGCGAUAAGACGCAAACGCUACGCCAUGGAAUUGAAAUGUCAGGAAGCGUUUUUGAAGUUCAUGACGCAAAUCAUGAAGGGAUACCAGAACUUCUUGAGACCAGGAAUCGAUGACAGCAAUAUUGGAACACCCGAUGCAUCGUCGGGAUUCCAUAAUUUUACAGACUUAUUUGACAUGAACGAAUUUCUCAAGUAUCAUAAAUCAAGCAAACCGUUUUAUAACGACUUCUGCAACACGCAUUCGUUCGCCCAUUUCAUUCACUUGAGAUCGCAUGUGAUGAAUUAUUCUUCAUCUAUGGAUGACUAUACAAAUAACUACAUCGUGUUUUUUGACCAGUGCUCCGAAAAAGAAGAGGAUGCGCGUUUACUGGAGAUCGACAAUACCCUCCUAGUUGAACAUUGUAAAUUUGUAGCGCCACCUGAGCCUCAAGAUCCAAGUGUUUCUUAUGAUUACGACGGUUUGUUUCCUAAACUCGAUCCUUCAUUGUUUACAGUCUAUCCAGAUGACUCUGCGUCGGGAAAAUUGAGUCAAAAUAGUGUAGCAACUGCGAGUAGUGCUUUGGCCACGCCAAUUCACAGUAGAUACAUAGCGGGUAAUGUUGCGGCUUCGGAUGCUGGAAUCUGGAGAACACCUGCAGAGAAAAAAGCUGCACAGAGCAAUGCUAAAGAUCUGUACGAUGCAUCCAUGAAAGUCGAUACUAAUCUGAUCAGUGCUCCACACAUUGAACAGACAGGUGGAAUUUCUACAUUGGAGGCUAGAAAGUGGGUGGCGUAUCUUCAUAUGAACUGUUACACAAUGUGGUACAUGCUCCUGCCAGCGUUUGUCGAGUUUAGAAUGAGUGAAAUGGCGGUGGUGAUUCGAUAUGCGGAGAAUCUCCUGGUGGACAUGUUGCAGAAAUUCGUGAAAGUGCCAGUGAUGGAUGGUAACAUGGGGUCCAUGGAGGACAUACAGCCAGUAUUUAUGACUGUAUCCCCUGACGAAGUGUGCUACAGAGUGAUGGUGCACGUGUUCCACAAACACGCACUCCUUUCAAACAUCUCUAAUCUGCAGAAGAUUUUGAAAAAGCACGGGGUUAAAGUAAACGCUGGGACCUACUCAUACAUGAAUAGUAUGCGGGAAGACAAGUCGGCAAGAAAGGCGGCCAAAAUGGUCGCUCUCAGGCCAAUGAACGAUGUGGCAACUGACUCUGAAAGUGUUUUGGAAAAAGCUUCAGUAAAGUUGAGAAAGGCCAAUAAAGUAAAAACGAGGUGGUGCAUAGUUUACUGUGCAGUGAAGUUUAUAAUUCUGCAACGAAAAAUUUCAUUAAUGCAACCGCAAACAAUCGAGAACAAAAAUGAUUCAGUGGAUGAGAACUACGAGGAAAAGGACAAUGGGGAUGAUGCAGUAAACGCGGAACAAGAAACAGUCAAUGUCGAUGUGCAGUACCUUCACGACAAUGCAGACGAAUCGAAACCAGAGGAGACAAUAUCAACUAACUCUUCUUCUCAGUCCCGUCUAGACGAGCACGUGACUCUAAAUUCUAAACCCUCCAUGGCACACCACAGGAGAAACAACUCACUGUUCAGUGAUAAUAUGGAGCAGUUCUCAUCACUGACCUCCAAUAAACGAACUAUGUCCACCUCAAGUGCACACAACGUGAACAGAAAGUUAUUUGCGACUAACAGUCAGCUCUCGCUAGCCUCAGAACAUGAAGUAUCAUCUAAUCGAAUUGUCGCGCAGUCGACCUUGUCUAGAAGACCUCAAUACUCUUCGGUUGGAAAUGCACUAGAACACAGAGCAUCCAGUGAGAAUAACUCAACGCAGCCUGUAGGAGCGCUUUCACAUGUAGAUGAAGAUUUGUACGAAGGAAGCAAAAGGAAAAGUAAGGAGUUGAGGCCUCUGAAUAGUUCGACUGCAGGAAGUGAGUCAAGUAUGAACUCGAUCGCAGAACGGUUGAAUGGAGCAAAUGCACAUAAUUUCGGCGACAAUUUUAAGAACUCGAUGCUACAGCUUUCAUCAAUAGCGAGGAAAGUACUUUUUAAAUCUCAUUCUAUCUCUUUUACCGUCCCAGCGCCUACAAAAUUGGGUUUUAUGGUUUACUCUUUUAGCAAAGAAAACAUAUCGGAAUGCACUACCAGUGAUAAACACAGCGAAGACGAAAACUCGCUCAAGCCAGAUACUCCUUUCCUAUUACCACGAACUAGCAGCACAAGAAGCAGUUUCGAAUCAGAGGGAGGCAGCCGCAGCAUUUCAGCACUGCACAAAAGGGCAGUAAACCUAUUCGCGAAGGCGAGUGCACCUCUAACUGCACCAACGCUUGGAGAGACUGCAAAACCAUCGAUGCAUGGAUCAACUAGUACCAUAUCAGAAGACCAAACCAGCAUUUCUAGUAGCAUUCCAGUGCUAGGGGGACUCGGCUUGGGAGUUGGGGCAGGCGAUAAGAACGGAUCGAGAGAGAAUAUUUUGACUUCCGCCGCCAACUACACUCAGAAAGUGCUGCAGAAUAACUCAACGACCGGAAAGUGGAUGGACCGAAUUCAGCAGAUGAAGCAAGAGGUCAUGUACGUUGUGUCCAUAGACUCUAGCUUGGAACCAGAUGUUAGUAACUUAGCUAAACGGAUUGGCUCAGCAAAGCAACCUCAGACCCCGCAGCAAGCAAGUCCAAAGAACCAGCCAACGCAACAACCUCAACGACCCACUGAAACUUCGAGGCCCAACAUAAGUGCACAGAAGUAUGACGGCAGAUUCAGGAAGAAACCAAUUAGGAGUCUGGUUUCUGUAGAGAUGAGCUCAGUGUAUACCUGUGUCAAUCCCUCCUGUCAGAAGAUCAUGUACGAUGAGGACAUUAUGUCUCAAUGGAAUAACGAUGAUUCAAAUUUCAGUAUCAACUGCCCAUGUGUGAAAGGAAUGAGCGGCUACAACACUUCUAACUCUACUGCUACCAAGUGCGGAAGAUCACAGUUGCCUAAACUGACUAUCAUGAUCAAAGACCACAGGCCCCAAUACCUACAUUGCAGGUGCAGGAACUGUAUCAACACCCUGUCCAAAUACUGCCCGGAAUACUUGCAAAGGAAAUUGAAACCGGUUAACAAAGAUAGUAUAAUCCAGAAACAGUCUCUGAUUGAAGCGAGGCAACCAAAUGUAACUGUUGGUGAAGAUGCUAAUGGUGCGGGUCAGCAAUCGGUGUCCGCUGUUUACAACGUCGAAUCGAAUCCUACUGGCUCGCAUACAAGUCUCCACGAUGUCAGCAGCUCAAAUGCAGAUGAACAUUCUCUCAAUAGUACUACAUGCAACAACAGAAACGAAAACGGACCGGGAUCACCGCAACCAUCUCCUCGAAACAAUUCAGAAGAAUUGAAUUCCUCCUAUCCUACUCCUCAAGUUUCAAUAUCAGACGAUACUUGUCAUACAACAAUGGUUCUUCCAAGGACUGUCGGGCCAAUUAUUGUAAAUUAUUUGAGUCCACUAGUUGUAAGGAAGGCUCUUGAGCGUCUAAUCGACAAUACCGGAGCAUCUUCAGAGAUAUUCAGGUCUCAGGAUAUGGUGGAUGAAAAAACUGAUAUCUACUGGAAUCUAGUCUGGUAUUUCAGCAGGCUGGGGUUCAGGACACAUUUGAAUGAUUUGCUCCUGGGUUCGAGAGUCCUCAACGGAAACUUCAGUCAGAAUGAGCUCAAUAAAACAGAAAAUGAGAAAACAAGUUCGAUCGAGUUCAGAUCUACAUGUAUAAGGACGGAUGAAUCUCAAUCAGCGUCUAACGGCUUAAAUUCUGAAAUAAGUGCUGUUCACGUGGUUGCUCUGUGGGACAGACUUGUUCACCCGGCUCAGCGCAAAAGACUAAAUUCAUCAGAACAGCGGAAGAGUCAGUCGGAUUAUGAUCCGGCCUUCUCAGUGCCCUGGGAGUCGGAAACUCCUCUGUUUUUGAAUUGGGUGAAGAACGAAGAUACAAAAUUGAGUUUUCUGGAUCCAUGUGUGGGAGAGUUGCCAGACCGAUGGAAACCAGAAUUGGCGAAGAACAUAUUUGACGCAAUAUUCGAUGAGAAAGAGAUGGACUUAGUAAUGAAAGACAUUCUGACAUAUGUGACCAAGUACUCGAAGCCCAACGUGGAUGCGGUUGCAAAUCCUAAUAGAAGGGCGUUGCAUAGGGAGAUGCUGUUCACUGCCAUAGCCGCUCUAAAUCAGCGAAGAAUCAAUAUCAAAGCGUUUUACGAAACUUACGCGGAGUCCUAUCGGAGAGUGAGGGAGCACAGCUAUUAUGACAGCAAACUGCUUAGUCAAGACAUCCCGCCUACAGUACUUGCCACACAUUUCGCCGCCCAGUUCGGAAACCUCUCUAUCUGAACAACCCUCCGAAUCAAAUCGAGUCGACUAAUUUAAACCUUAUCUCCCGAACAGAGCCACAAUCUAAUCGUUUUGUUUGUUCUGACUAUGGACGGUAAAUAACAAAUGAUGAUCAGUCGAUGUGGUUAUUAUUAAGUGAUUGAAAACAAUUUAAUGGUGAAGUCGUUUAGCACAAUUUAUUGAUUAUAUCAAAUCGAUUCUCACUAACAAAGUUAUAGUCUUAUAAAAAAUGAUAGUUUAUCUUUGGAUACUGCUGAUAUCAUAGGUAGGUAGAUAGAAUGCUUCUUGUUAUUGUUUGAUCUGAUCAUUGUACGGCGCUUUCAAAUUCAGUUUGGUGUAAUAUCUUAGUUCUAGCUUGAUUUAAUAUCCAUUGGUACUUUAUUGUUUAAUAAAAAGGAAUGCAAACGAAGUUUUUCAUAAUAUAUCAUUUAUUUAAUUCUAUUUCCUUAAGUUUCUGAAAAGGCAUGCUGUUGAAAAGUUAAGACGUCGUCAAUAUUGUAUAAAAUGCGUUGGCUGAAAGAAUUGAUGUUGCACGUUGCCUUGAAUUAAAAUCUUUUGAUAUAUUUUCUUGGAUUCAUAUUUUAGUUGGUGCUCAAAAUUAUCAUUUGUUCGUUACCUUAAAGAGUCGUAUCAAUCAGUACAAUGGAAUUGAAUUGUUUUGAUACUGAAUGUAGGUUUCAAUUGCUUCUUUCAAUUUCUAAUUUUUUGUCUUCUAUGUAUAUGGAAAUUUUUAUCAAUAUGCUUUGUGAUUUGGACAUGAACUUUUACUUAAUAAUUUCAUUAGCUUAAAUAUUUAUGAAUGAAUGAUUAAUACAGUUCUAAAUUAUGUUUUCUUUUUUACUUAAAUCGAUUAAAAUUAAAGGAAUACUCAUAUACGCCUAGAGAGUUUUGUUCGCACUUUGAACAUUGAUUGCAAUGAUAGUGAUAUUUCAUUCUUCAACUAGCUAUCAGCGAGAGUGUUAUUACGAACCUUUUUUUCCAACCUAACUCGCAAAUGAAAGUGUUCACUCAUUUGGAAAUUUCACUGUGGCAUUGGAAAUUGCAUAGCAGCUGUUCUCUGCUUCAUAUGUGGCUAGUAUUUGAUACCUAUUAAGCGUCCGUGGUUACUGUGUUGAAUCCGAGACGUAACCAAAUAUAUAUAUAUAUUUUUCACUUAUUCAAGGCUCUUUUUGUUCCGACUUUCGCUAUGAAAGUAACGGAAUAUUUGUGAUCGGGGUGGGUUUUUUUUCUUCAGACAAUUUUCGACUUUUUAACUAGCCAUUUUUGACGGAAUUUUUUAUAUCAUUCGAAAGGUAUUGUUGUCCUGAGCUCAAAUUUGAAAAGAUAUUUCACCUGUGACCAUUUUUUGUAAAGUUACGGGGGUUUAAA